AUGGGCCGACUGGUCUCCAACGAUGAUCAGAUCGCCAUGUUCGCCGGGUCUUCGACUGGGGUUCACUUCAUCAGUCAAGCUGAACAACAGUUGCAGAUGCUCCGGAUACACACCGACACGUUCCCAAGCAGUGUGUACAGCCUAUACUUACACAACAUCUGGGGUAACCCGCCGAAAGACUCCGAGGCGCACUUGAUUGGUGCGAUGGUUGCUCAGUUCCCUCGCAACGCUGCCGAUAUCCUCGAGGCCACAAUUGAUCGCUGGACACCGCUUUAUCCCAUCGUACACAAGCAUUCCACUCUAGAAGCAUUUCAUAGACUUCGAGACGAUCCGGAGAAUGCUGAUCUCAGUAUUCUGCACCAGGUUCUAGGGCUUCUGGCUUUGGGAACUCUGGGUCUUCCGGGGACUUGCACUCAGGCCCACGAGCACUUCCUAUGCUUGUCCGAGAAGUACUACCACAUGUCUGCAACUCUGACGAGCAAGCUGCAUGAGAGACCCUCGUUACCAACGCUACAGGGACUAGAGAUUGCUCAGAUUUACCUCCAACUUUCGUCCCGGUACUCAGUCGCAUCUCAACUCGGUGGCAUGGCAACACGCAUGGCGCAGAACCUCGGACUCCAUCGACACUCUCAGCGAUUUAAAUUCGAUCCUUUAGAGACAGAGCUGCGACGCCGCGUCUGGUGGUGCCAGUACUCUCUCGACGCAUUCUCGAGUGCCUAUCAUGGAAUGCCGCGACUAAUACGAGACCAAGACGUGGACACCGAUCUUCCUUCACGCGUAGACCAUGACCAAGUAUCACGCGAAAGUGUUGCCUUCCCUCUUCCGGGUGAGCGAUCCCAGGUUGACACGGCCUUGUGCAUGUUCAAGCUCGCAGUCAUUGUCGGAGAAGCUCUGGAAAAGCUGUACACGACAACUCGUCGACGCGGUGGCGUAGCCAAGAUCACGCAAUUGCAAGCAGAGCUCACUAUGUGGGAGCGGAUGUUGCCGACUGAGAAACUGACCGAUGCCGACGACGAUGGGGGAGACCUGCUUCCAGCAGUCAACAUUGACACGUUUGAAGUCGCCUUCCUGCGCGCCGCCUUCUGCAACGCAACGGUUCAUAUUCACCGACCAGCAUUGGCCUUCACAACGUCUGACCCGCAGUUUUCGGUCUCUCUCAUCGCUUGUGGCCGUGCCUCUGCGGAGCUCAUCCGUCUAUUUGCGAUAGGAUCUGGCGACGAGACCACCCCUCGAAGAUUGGACGCCGUCAUCAUCGCGCACCUUUACCCAAAUGGUAUGCACAUGCUUUGGCAAGCCGGGCUGACUAUUCUCUUCGCUAGAUGGAAGGGUCAGCCAAUUUCGACGGACGAAGAGGACGAGGAUUUAGUCAGGACCUGCGCGACGACCUUGCGCCACCUGAGAGCGGACGAUGCCAACGGCUACAUUACACAAUGCGCCGACGUCCUGGACACGCUCCAAACAAAGACAUUCUCGUCGAAAGAAGCCCAACCACCGGUAAUUGACCAGUUGCAAUGGAAUGUUUGGGACUGGCCGAUGGCAUCGGCGUUGGAGCUUGCAAACACACUCGACGCCAUGCCGUUGGAUCUCCAGUUCGAGCCUGGCCUGGGACUUUGA